AUGUAUUGGACAAAAAUAAAAACAAACGGUAAAAUACCCAAGGCUUUGAGGGGACAUACAGUUAAUUUAGUUGGGGAAUUGAUGUACGUAUUUGGAGGGCGUGAUUUACUCAUUGGAGAAGCACCUCCGCCAUGUCGUGCACAUUCAUCAACACUUGUUGAUAAAAAGUUAUUUAUAUUUGGUGGAGGAGAUGGUUCAGUAUACUUUAAUCAUUUAUAUAUUUUUGAUACAGAUACAUUAUCGUGGAGUAAGCCUGAAACAACCGGAGAUAUACCAUUACCACGUCGUGCACAUACUACAGCAUACUAUAAUAAUAGCAUUUAUGUGUUUGGUGGUGGAGACGGUGCACGAGCACUCAAUGACGUUCACAUGUUGAAUGUAUCUGAUUUAAACAACUUGGUGUGGAAAAAAGUAGAACCUAGUGGACGUGCACCAAUUUCUAGGGGAUACCAUACUAGUAAUUUGGUUGGAAGCAAGUUAGUUGUUUAUGGGGGAAGUGAUGGACUCGAAUGUUUUAGCGAUGUUCAUAUUUUGGAUUUAGAAAAAAAUAAAUGGAUCCAAGUUCAUAGUGAAAAAUUUUAUAAAAGGCUUUCACAUACAUCAACUAGAGUUGGAUCAUAUUUAUUUAUUAUUUGUGGUCAUAAUGGCACACAAUAUUCAUCUGAUUUGUUGCUGCUGAAUUUAGUUACAAUGCAAUGGGAAAGUCGUAAAGUUUAUGGAACACGGCCAACUGAACGCGGAUAUCAUUCAUCAGUUUUGUACGAUUCAAGGCUUUUUGUAUUUGGAGGAUACGAUGGACAAACAGUAUAUGAUGAUCUAUAUGUUUUAGAUUUAUCAGCAUGUGCUUAUUUACCUCAAAUAAUCAAUUUCGAACUACCUGAGAUAUAUAAUAAAUGA